AUGUCGUCUAAGGUAGAGGUCAACCCUGACCAUUCCUAUGUUAAGCUGGAGCUGGGUGUUCAGAUUAGCACGAGGAUGGUAAUUUCCACUAUCACACAGACAUGCUGUACUGGUACCGAAAAGUGGAAGCGGCUUGUCCGAGAACUUGACGCAAACCUAUUAGUAUCGCACGUUCGAUACACCCUGGAACGAGCUCGACGCUAUUGUAAAGUUGAGGACAUGACUCCUAUGGCUAGGAUUGAUAUAGCUCUCAACGUUAUUGAAUCUGCUCGCUUCUCUGUUAUGGAGUGGAAGCAGUCCGCGAUCAGACAUGCAGAAGAACUCACGGUUGGCUUAGACGACAGCUACAUGCGUUCAUGCCUCACGCAGAGACAAUGCCUGAUCCACCGGCUCUCCGGUAAGAUAGAUCUUGCUUUCAUUUCCCUAACGGGCGGUGCCUCUUAUCAAGGCAACAGAAAGCUACAUGCUGCGUAUGGGAAUACCAUGAUCCAACAUGCCCUAAAUCACAUCCAGCUUGAUCAACUUACCGAAGCAACGGAAGUGUUAGGGAUAUGGCAGCCGACUUCCUGGGCACAUUCUGCAAUGGAACAGGCUGUUCUCUUUCGUCAGCAAUUGACCAUGGGCAAGAUAUUACGCUACCGAGGCGACUUUGUAGGAUCGUUGUCAUACCUGGAGAGAUCCCAGAACAUUACGAAUACCGCCAGGGAUCUUAUUUAUCUUGAAGAUACAAGCGAGCUGGCAUGUAGCUUGGCUGAUACGUAUCUUGAGCUGGACGACCCUGCCAAAGCCGAGAGCUGUCUCCAGGCUGCGAUCAACCGUCAAGCUCCAAAGCAGGGUGCAUUGAUCAUUGCUCUUGCAGAAUGUCUUUUUGCACAGAAGAGACUUGGAGGGGUAGAGGAAACGCUCUGCCGCGUGUUCCAAUGCCAACUGAAGCUCAUGAAGAUGGAUAAAUUACGCCUAGCAAUUGUCCAAGCUAAGCUAUCUCACGUUCGGUCCCAAUUUGAGGAGGCCUUCCGCUACUGGACAGAAGCGAUGAGUAACCUUCGAGGAUUCAACUUAGCCAGCGGACGCACAACACGCAUAAUCCUCCUCUCCCAGUGUGACGUUUUAAAUCGUCAAGGGCUCUUCGAUCUUGAGCGACGGACCCGGGAUCAACUAGAUGCUCUUGAGGAAUGUGCUGAUGCGGGUGGAGCUUUGUACUGGAUUCCUGGCCUGCGUCAUUGGCUGAACUAUUUGGAGCAAUGCAAUUGA